CUAAAUAGCGCCCCUUUAACAAGCAGGUCGCCCUAAAGUAACCCUCACCUUCUGUCCAUGCUCAAUCUCAUAUAUUCUUUUUUGGUGAAAUGUCAGUCUCAAUAGCAACAUAAUUUCCCCCCUAAUGCCAAUACACACAAUACACAAUACACACAACACUGGACUAGAAACAUACCGUAUGAUCUGGUAGUGUGACAUGCUGAUCUGGUUGCAAAAUAAAACUAGAGAUAAACUGUGCUCAUCAUGACAAAUUCUCAGAUAUAAAACAAUAAGGCCGUAACUAUGCUACUGCUCAUAGAUGACUGUCCUCUGGUGUUUUGUCGUUCACUGUGGUCAGGCGUGGAUUUUUAUGAAAGCAGCACUGCGCUGCUCUGAGAGGUGGAAAAAAACUGGGUUUAAAAAGGGGAGGAGCCACGGCAUCACAUCACAUCACAGGCAUGACUGAGAGAGGAGGAGAGGACUGAGAGUCCUUCUGUUCCGACACAUUCAUCCAUUUAAGGGUGAUUUAAAGCUGGACGGCUGUUUAAGAUAUUCAGUCUAUCGCUUUUACUCUUCCAGUCGGAGUCGGACCGCGAGGAGGACUUGCUAGCUACCUCCUCUGGCUACAUGGCCAGCUAGCACAACAGAGCUAAAUAUUAGCUUCUGGAUUCAGCUUCACCACCCGGCGAAGUGAAGAGCCGAGGAGGGGAUGGCAAGAGUUUGCUUGGAUAACCCUUUCGGAAGAAACAGCGACUAACCAGACUAAACCAGCCCAGAUUUAUUUACUUCUUUGAAUCACCGGUUGUUGGUGUUACUGCGAUCCCCACCAUGGUGCAGAAGUACCAGUCACCUGUGCGGGUGUACAAGCAUCGCUUUGAGCUGGUGAUGGCGGCCUAUGAGCGCCGGUUCCCGACCUGUCAUCUCAUCCCCAUGUUUGUGGCGAGUGAUGUGGUGGAAGAAGAGACCAAUGAGGACGGUUCCACCACCAGGGUGGAGCGCCGCUGUGCUCUGGAUGUUGACGCCCCGCGCCUGCUCAAAAGGAUAGCAGGUGUGGACUACGUCUACUUCAUCCAGAAAAACAUACUGAACCGAAAGGAGAGGACACUUCACAUCGACUCCCACAAUGAGACCUUCUCCAACAGGGUGAUAAUCAGUGAGACCUGCUGCUACUCGGUUCACCCAGAGAAUGAGGACUGGACCUGCUUUGAGCAGACUGCCAGCCUGGACAUCAAGUCCUUCUUCGGCUUUGAGACCACUGUGGAAAAGAUCGCUAUGAAGCAGUAUGCCACCAGUAUCAAAAAGGGAAAAGAAAUCAUAGAGUUCUACCUGAAGGAGCUACAAGAUGAAGGGAUCACCCAUGUGCCGCGCUGGACUCCCUCAUCCCUUCACGCGUCUUUCCCCACACCAACCAGCCUCUUCACCAGCCCAUCUGUCCUCCCCAAACUGGCGGUCACGCCCGCUGUUUCUAUCCCGCUGCCCACUGAUGCCAAAGACAUCACCUGUCCGGACAUCAAGCAGGACGACAGCCUCGCAGAGAUUCUGCCCAGCACACCUGAAGAUAAGUUGGAUGCAGACUAUAUCAAACGUUAUCUAGGCGACCUGACCCCCCUGCAGGAGAGCUGUCUGAUCAGACUUCGCAAAUGGCUGCAGGAGACUCACAAGGGAAAGAUCCCCAAGGACGAGCACAUACUGCGUUUCUUGCGUGCCAGAGACUUCAACAUGGACAAGGCACGGGAAAUCCUUUGCCAGUCGCUGACCUGGAGGAAGCAGCACCAAGUGGACUACCUGCUGGAGACCUGGGUCUCACCACAGGUCCUCCAGGACUACUACACUGGGGGUUGGCACCACCAUGACAGAGAUGGUCGUCCUUUGUACAUGCUGCGGUUGGGCCAGAUGGACACUAAAGGACUGGUCCGCGCUCUCGGAGAAGAGUCUCUGCUCAGACAUGUGCUGUCUAUUAAUGAGGAGGGUCUGAGGCGCUGUGAGGAGAACACCAAGGUGUUUGGUCGACCUAUCAGCUGCUGGACGUGUCUGGUGGAUCUGGAGGGGCUGAACAUGCGUCACCUGUGGCGCCCAGGGGUCAAGGCGCUGCUGAGGAUCAUCGAGGUUGUGGAGGCCAACUACCCAGAGACGCUGGGACGGCUGCUUAUCUUGAGAGCCCCCAGAGUUUUCCCUGUCCUGUGGACACUGGUGAGUCCAUUCAUUGAUGAAAACACCCGCAAGAAGUUCCUCAUAUAUGCAGGCAAUGACUACCAGGGUCCUGGAGGGCUGCUGGACUACAUAGACAAGGAGAUCAUUCCUGACUUUCUGGCAGGGGAGUGUAUGUGCGAGGUACCAGAGGGCGGCCUCGUUCCCAAGUCGAUGUACCGCACGGCCGAGGAGCUGGAGAACGAAGAGGUCCGCCUGUGGACCGAUACUAUCUACCAAAGCGCCAGCAUCUUCAAGGGAGCUCCACACGAGCUUCUGAUAGAAAUCAUCGAUGCCUCCUCAGUCAUCACCUGGGACUUUGACAUGUGCAAAGGCGACGUGGUUUUCAACAUCUUCCACUCUAAGCGGGCCCCUCAGCCUCCACGUAAAGACCCCCUGCUACCCCAUGGCAUCCCCUCUCCAGUAGGCAACAAUGUCCAGCUCAUCGAUAGGUCAUGGACGCUGGGUCAAGAUUACAGCAUGGUGGAGUCCUCGCUCACUUGCAAGGAGGGCGAGAGUGUGCAGGGCUCUCAUAUUACGCGGUGGCCAGGUUUCUACAUCCUCCAGUGGAAGUUCCACAACAUGCCGGCCUGCUCGGCCACCAACCUGCCCCGUGUGGACGACGUGCUGGCCACCCUGCAGGUCUCCUCGCACAAGUGCAAAGUCAUGUACUACACUGAGGUGUUGGGCUCUGAGGACUUCAGAACGGCUUGCUGGGAUGUGCAGAGUUUGGGUUCGAUGACCAGCCUGGAGUCGAGCCACAGCGGCUUCUCUCAGCUCAGUGCCGCAACCACCUCCUCCAGCCAAUCUCAGUCCAGCUCGAUGAUCUCCAGGUAGAGACUGAAGGCUGAGGACUGCUCUUCUCCCCCAUCCCCCACUGCCCUUACCAUCAACACUCCCCUCCUGCCCUUCCUCGUCGUCUUUGGACUCUGUUCCUUUUGCACAGCAAGUCUCUAUUGAACUGAAGCAUGCUUGCACAAACGGAAGACAACGAAUAAAAAAAGAGAAGAAAUCUGAGGCAAAAAGAAAUGUACUCUGUACAAUUUUUAAAGGGCUGAUUUCUUUUUUUUUCUUCUUUUUUUUCUUUUUUUUUGCACAAAGGUGAUUUUUUUUUCGUGCCUGGUAUCUCAGCUGGGCUGCAGUUUCAAUCAGAACAUCAGAAAAAUGUUUGUUGUGUGGAAAGGUUAAAGGUCGGGAGAUGAAUUGUGGUGCCUUUGUGGCACGAGAAGCUGAAAUAAGCAAUAUUGUCCUUUGGAGCUAUGGGAUCGGAUGAAAACACUGGAGGCGCUGUUACAUAAUAAUAUAUGCAUUCACAUCUACACCCACAUAUACAGUGCUGAGGCGACGCAUACCUCAUUCUUGUGCGCUCUCUGAUAAACUGGUGUUACAUAGACACACACACAUGGACGUUUGAUGACAUGCAAAAAGUGAAUUGAGUGUUUGUCAUAUUACCAGAGGGGUUUCUUCCAUCUGGUGACUUGUUUAUAGGUCAAGUGUGGGUGGGUGGAGUGAAUUCUGAACAGGACCUGGGUCAAAGAUCACCUGCGAUGUUUUUCAAUCGUCAUGGAGGUACGGAGUGGGUGGAGCUUAUUGAAUCUCGACAAUGUCAGCGAAGUUGCCAUUUGGCGGGAAAAUAACAGAUAUUUUCCCGCCGUGGCCGCGUGAGCUUUCAGUUAUUCAUUUCGUCGUCUUUUGUGGCAAACCCCCACCGGUCCGUCUCAUGAGGGCUUUAUCACACCGUGAAAAGCAUUUGAAUAUUUGACCCAGGUCUGACUCUUAGCUCAGUCAAUCCGCGAGAAGCAAUAACACAAGUUUGACUUUUCUACUGUGUGAAAUAUUUCUAUUUAUCAUUAGUUUGUAUGUGGACGAUCAUGGGUGCUGAUUGCAGAUGAGCUUUUUGUUUUUUGUAAGUCGUGUCCAGGCAGACAGACGGGCAAACUGAGCCACUAAAAAACAAAGUGGCGACAUCAUUCUAUCGGAAGAGAAGCCAAAAUAACACCCCAGCUUCUCCUGGAUACCUUUUUUAAUUAAAUUUUUCUUGGAAUGACCACAGUUGGUUUGCUUUCUGCACAAUUGAGGAACUUGGGUCAAGAACAAGUCGUUAAAGGAGAUGCCUUGUUACUGAUUUGUGAAUGUGCUACUGAUUGGCUUAGCGCUCGCCAGCCAAUGAAAUGCCUGAAUUUGGAGGGUUGUGAUGUAAUUGGGCAGAACCGCCAUCAUUCUCUGCUUGUGCAUCAGAGUGAUGUAGAUGUCAGUGUGUGUUACAGAUGAAUGUUACUCAAUGAUAUACUUUGAUGGUGCGCGAGUAGACAACAUGUUGAUACUGUAGGUGUGCUAGUUGGUCGGAGUUCGUUGCUGUACUUUGGAGAUGAGUAAUUGAUGGGGUGAAGCAGUGUGGUGUGUUACUGCAUGCUCAUGUGGUGAUUGGGUUUAAAGAUAUAUUAUUUAAAGAUUAAAAGAUAGACAUUCUAAGAGUUAUGUGUCAAUAAAUACCAUUUUAGCCUUUGUAAACAUCACUUAGCCACUGUAGUAGAUGAGCAACUGUGAAUUGUGUGAACAUUUCUAAAUGCAACACAUCCAUGCAGCAGUUUUUAAUCACAUUUAUUUGGCUGAUUAGCAUUGAUGACUUCACGUAGAGGGCAGACAUUACCGCCAUUGCCAAGAGUCAUUCCCGUGCUGAAAUCAAAACCCAGACAGACGUAGAUAAGACCAAUGUUUUCUCCUUUUAUCGGAAUCACACUCCUGAGAAUACUGGCUCUGUCUGUUGUUUAUUUUAAUACAUUAAACUGCUCGGUUUUUUAAACUGUUAAUGAAAGGGUAAGGGUUAACUUGUGGUAACUGUAUGUCAUUAACUGCAAUAACAUGAAAUGCUUUACUGAAAAAAAAAAGGACCUCAGAUUGCAAGCUAUUUAAAGUGUGUGUGUGUGUGUGUGUGUGUGUGUGUGUG